AUGGCCAACAACGACACGUCGGAUGUCACUUGUGAUGAUAAAGAACUUUCACCGGAGGAUCACAUUAAAAGACAACAUGAAUUUGCGAACUCCCACGAAUCAUCACUCGUUGAACCUCGUUUUGUUCCAGCCCCAUCUCAAGAACACACAUCUGAUAUAUCUGAAAGUGUCUCUUCAAGCAAUGGAGAUGGUAAUGGAUCAGUGAGCUCAUCUGAUGAUUCAGACAGUGCACCUGAACAACCUGACCAAAACUGGGGCGCACCAACGGCUAAAAUCAUGAUUGGCACCUACAACUUUGUACUCGAACUCCCUGCUCAACUUUUGGGAAAGAAGAUUCCUUAUUUCGCCAAAGACUCAAUUCUACUUCUAAAGCACUGGAUAUAUGGAACUUCUAUUGCAGAGCAGAAAAGUAACAAAUGCCGUACCUACGAGCUCUUCGCUCUAUAUGCUAUCGCGUACACCUUCGAACAUCAUAAAUUACAAGAUGAAGCAAUGGAUUGCAUCAUUAAGGAGAUUUAUGAAAGUCGCGAUGACUCAAGAUUCACGCCAGAGCAUGUCAGAUUUGCGUAUGAAUUGACCCCUGAAACAUCAGAACUCCGAUUUUUCUCCGCCGGACUUGUGGCCGAAGCCAUGAAAGAAGAUAAUCAAUUCAAUUGGAUGACGAGCAAAUCUCCACACUUCUCGACGCUAUUCCAGAGCUUUUGUUGA